UGUUUCCCCUAAAGGGCUGCUUCAAUGAUUUUGAUUUGCUGCUACAGCUUUAGCAACAGGAAGUGAAAGCACUUUGGGCUUUUAUAAGCUGUGGGACGUCAAAAACACCUCUUUUUCUUUCCUGACUGAGAUUUCACUAUCCUUGAAACACAGGUAGACCACUGGAGCCUGCAGCAGAAAAUGGAAAAGUUACGCACUGCAAUGGAUUUUUGUAUCCGCCACCAGAAGAUUCUGGGUUACAGCAUUGUGUCCCUGCUGACAGCUGCCAGCGAGUAUAUCUUCUCCUCCGUGGUCUUCAAGUGUCCUUGCAAUUCCUGGAACACCUUGUAUGGCUUUGUCUUCCUCUUAGUGCCGGCCUUCGUCCUCUUCUUGCUCGGCUACAUGAUAAACGCCAGGGUCUGGCUUUUGGUGACGGGCAGAUGCUCUCCAGAGAACCGGUGUAGCUGUGACUCCUGUGGAAACUUUUGCAAAGUGCUGAUGCCAGUGACAGCCAGCACCUUGGUGGCUCCCUUCACCUGGAUCGCGGUGGCCCUGCUCAGUGCCAGCUUCUAUGAGUGUGCAGUAAGCAGGAGCAGCUUAAUCAGAAAGCUGGUGUGCAGGGACAUCAAAGAGUACUGCAAUGCAUCGCUGGAGAAAAUACCCUGUGACAAGGAGUUGUCCAAGGAGAUAGGUGAAUUUCACAGCCUUCAAGCCCAGUCCCAGAUUGUAGGAUGGUUGCUGAUUGCCAUCAUCAUGACUCUGGUACUCAUUGCAACAUGUUUCAUCCACUGUCGCUCCCCGGUUAGCUACUUUCAGCUGAAGUUCUGGAAAAUUUAUUUGAAAAAGGAACGAGAGGUCUUUGCGAUCAAGGCUAAAGACCAUGCAGCCAAGCUGGCAGAAAGAAACGUUCACUUCUUUUUUGAACCUGCUGACCCAGCACCAUUUUGGACUCCCAGAAAUGAAGACUGGCAGAAGAUUUCAUUCCCGUAUGGCUUCAAUACAAAAGAGCAGCAUUACAGCAUGAUACACAAGUACGUGAACACAAACAGAGGCAAGGCAUCCAGUGAAGGAGAUCAGAUUCAUGAUGUUUUAGGAUUUGUGGAUGAAGCACAUGCAAGUGAAUCAGGAUUUUGAUGAAACAUACCGUUUGUAACACUGGCAAUCUUUUAAACCUACUAAUAUGAAAAGAGUCUUAUUCUGAGCUCUUACUGAAAUCAGUAUGUAAAUAUUGCAUUUAAACCUCAGGAGAUUUUUUUUUUUUAAUAAACUAUACUUUUGUUUAGGUGCAUUUAAAUAAAUACAUGGUUCACAAUGGGAGUUUUCAUAUCUUGAUGUUCAUUAAGAAAGAGUCAUGUAAAAUAACAAGGAUCCACAGCAAAGAUGUCAGCAUGUACUAUGUCAAAUUAGUUUCCAAAUGCCUUAAGAGAAUUUGGCAGCUGGAGUGACAAAACCAGACUUUCAUACCUGUCAGUAACACAGGGACAAAAAGGAAUUGAAAUUUUGACCAUAAGUUUAGCUUAGUUUAUUAGCUAUCACUUGACUUAACAAUAAAUAUUUCAGUAGAGCUUAAAACAAGCUCUAGACUAAAAUAUUUGCUUUCAAUCAAUUAGUUUCUCAAGGCAAAUAUUAUGUCUUUUAAAAUCUGGGAAGCAAUUAACAUUUUGGAGCCACAUGUGCACAAAGUCCAUUGGAAAUGCUAAGCAUGACUUCAGCUGGUCAUCAGUUGGAAUAACCAAUAAAUAAAUAAAUAAAUAAAUAAAU